UUGAGUAAUUCUUUUGGUUGUACUAGAGACAGUAUUGGAAGUAAAUUAUUUUUGAUCAGCUAUUGAAAUUUAUGUGAUUCAAUAGCAUUUUAUGUUUAGUUGUCAUACAAAUUUUAUAUAUAAGUUUCAGUGUGUUGCCACGAAAAUCUUGAGUUUUUUUUUAUCAAGUUUUAGUAGCCUCCCUGAUGUCUGGGAUUGCCAUUGCUAGACUAGCAGAAGAGAGAAAGGCUUGGAGAAAAGAACAUCCAUUUGGUUUUGUUGCCCGUCCUGUUAAGAACACAGAUGGUUCACUGAACCUGAUGAUGUGGGAGUGUGCUAUUCCUGGAAAGAAAUCAACACCUUGGGAAGGUGGCCUGUACAGAUUGCGCAUGAUCUUCAAGGACGACUACCCUUCAAGUCCACCUAAGUGCAAGUUUGAGCCACCUCUUUUUCAUCCAAAUGUUUACCCAUCGGGAACAGUUUGCCUCUCGUUGUUGGAUGAAGAGAAAGAUUGGCGCCCAGCGAUAACGAUAAAACAAAUCCUGCUGGGCAUUCAGGAUCUUCUGAACGAACCCAACAUUAAAGAUCCUGCCCAAGCUGAAGCGUACACCAUUUACUGCCAGAACAGGCUGGAGUACGAGAAGCGAGUGCGGGCGCAAGCACGUGCAAUGGCCCCGCAGGAGUGAACUGCUCUGGCAGUCCCGCACUUCACCAUCUCUUCAGACGGGAGCAUCAUCCUCAUUUCAACACUGCAGCCGGCGAGCUAGCUCGCAGUGUGUUGUUUCUUCUAUCACCGUUCAUUUCGAUCCCUUGCAUAAUGUGAGACUGCAAAUUAGUGUGCAGUUUCAUAUCUUCCAGAAAAGGAAUCUUUAUUUCCUUUGUAUUAGAUAUAAUUUUAUACGUGUUAAGUGAGACUGAGUUUAUUACAUGUGUACAUUGUAGUUAACUUGAAACAAUCAUUUCUGCAUCUUAUUUACUAAAUGUGUUGUGUUGAUACCAAAAGCACUAUGAAAAUAUUUGCUGCUUAUGUAUUCUGAUGUUAGAAUAGCCAUUAUUUUGUAAAUUAUAAUGCUUGGAAAAAGGGUAAAAUGUCACAACAUAAAUAUAAAAAAAAAAUAUUUAUGUCCUGUAUUUAAUACAUUGACUUAAAGAAAUUAACAGUGAAAUGCCCACAGUGCGUGACUCAUUCUUCGCUACUGACGAAGAUUCAGUAUGAACUCACUGAGUGAUUGAAUGAGCAUGAGCUUGAACACAUUUGUGUUUAAAAUUAUUUAAUUUGAUAUUGCUGUGUGUUUGUCCGACAGUUUCAGGAAAUUGAAGAUAAAAAUAUGCACCUGUUUUGUUAUAGAUGACAAAAUAGGUGUUUUUGGUAGGUAGUGUUACGCAGCACGGCACAGGUUAAAAUGUGAAUGUACCGAAGGCAAGUGUAAUAGGAAAAAAAUAAUUUAAUGUAUUUUUUCUUAGUAUCUUUUAAUUAUUCACUGAUGUAUAAGGGCAUAGUCAGGAGAGGCAGGGAGGGAUCAUACUUUCUCUAGAGGAACUCAUUAACCAGCCUAAAAUAACGAACAUAUGGCUGAGUUUAUGGCCACUGUAUAUGAUAAAUUAUAGCGUAAGUAUUCUUCUUUUUGAAGCAGUAGUACAUUGUGUUAGGAUCAAUCUUAUAAGUCUCUUUUUAUUUAAAAAUUUUGAAAUUUUGAGAAAAUCACUUGAAGGUCAUCAGACAAAAAUGUGUAUUAAAGUUGAAAACUUUUCUGGUGGAGGAACACCGGACCAGUCACUUUUCUUUGACCCUUUGGCGCAGGAGGGGGGAGGGGUUAGACCAACAAAAAUAAGACUAUCAAAAAUUUAUUCUUGUUUUAGCUUCUUUUGGCUCCAACAAAUCCUGUGAAAACUACCAAAUUAUUUACUACAAUUCAACCAACUUGUAUAAAAAAUUUUUUUAGCAAUUACAUAAUGAAUGCCAUGUUAUGUAUGUCAUUGUGUCAUCUUAACAUUGUAACAGGUGAAUGAAAGUAUUUCCAUUAUUUGUAGUAUUGUUUGUUGUAGGGUAGUACAGUUUACUGAUAUGGGACUUUUGUUUCAUGCAACGAUAUGGUAACAGGCUAAAAAAGUUAUAGGUAGUCAGCGAAUGGUUUAUUUUAUGUACCUAAUUGAAUUACUGCUUAACCGUAUACAGCCUAGGUUUCUUAAUUGGUGAAAAGUUAAGGUUUCCAUUGCAGGCUCGAGUAUGUUUAAAAAUGUAAAAUCAAGCAUUAUGUCUUUUUUAAUACAGGAAGGAGGAAUCAAUGGUGCAACAGGUUUUAACAGGUUUGAAAUUUGUUUAUGUUUUGUUUGAAAAGAUUUGAUUUGUCAUAUGACAGAUAUUGCAUUAUGUGCUGAAAAAUCCUGUGCUCUAAAAUAUACAAUUUUCUUUGUUUAAACUUCUGAAAAAUUAAUGUAGACACAUUUAAUAUUGGCAUGUUCUUUACGAUCUUAUGAUCUGCUUAUCUUAUUGGGUGUUUUGAUUGGUACAGAGAAAUUUUGUUGUUCAAUGUUCGUAAUACUUAAAUGAAAUAUUAAUAUAAUUUCACUACAGUUGAAAGUUUAGUAUAGAAAUUGCUUAUUUUACAUAAUAGUUAAUAAUUUUACCAAAUUGAAGAAACAAAUUCUUGUGAAUGAAAAUGAACAAUUUACCAACUUUAUUCUUCAUAUCAUUUUGAAGCAAUGUUUUUCUGAUUUAAGAAUUUUAAGUUAUUGUAAUUUUUGCCUUUUAACUUUGUAAACAUUUGUAAUAAAAAUUAAAAAGAAAAGUAUGCUGAAAAUUCACAGAUUACGUAUGGAAAUCAAGUGCAUAUUAAGUGUACAUUAUUUUUUCUUAAGAAACUUAGAAUCUUUUAGAUUUUUUAUUCAGGAAAAACUUUUUAAAAGGGUCAAAUUAGGUGUGAAGUAAAAAAUAACAUUAUUUGAACUUAGUGAGCAGGAAAACAAAGAUUUAUCAUACAGGAUUUUACUGUAUAUUCUUCUGUAUAUGAACAACAAUGUCUGUUAAUUUUUGUAAAGGAUGGACUUGAUUCUGUACAUGUCAUGUUACAAGCUAGGAAGAAUACAUUAAAUAAACAUUUUUGUAUUUUA